AUGUACGAUGAGGCGAGGGUGCCGUCCCCCAAAGAUGGUGCCAGCGGCGUGGCUCAGGCCGCAGUCCCAGGAGCAGGAACAGCCUCAGCAUCAGGGGGGGUCCUGCAGGCCAACACUGAAGAUGGAUACCCAGCUGCAGAGGAGGAAGCAGCCACUGUGGAGCCUGUGCUGGUGAAGAAGCCCCACAGAGAGAUCCUGGACCAUGAGAGAAAGAGGAGAGUGGAGCUCAAAUGUAUGGAGCUGCAGGAGAUGAUGGAGGAGCAAGGGUACACAGAGGAGGAGAUCCGACAGAAAGUGAGCACGUUCCGACAGAUGCUGAUGGACAAAGAGGGCGUCAUCACCCGAGAAGGCCCGCAGCAGCCCACUGUCAACCACCUGCACUACCACCACGAGUACGAGGGCAACCCCGGCUUUGUCUAUGAAGACGGAGACUACGACUACGGGAGCGAUAACAGAGCGAAAAGAAAAUCCAGCAGCUCCCCAUCUCCGCGGCCAAAGAAAAGGAAAAAGAAAAAAUCUGGACGCAAGAGGAGCCGGUUUGGCAGCUCGUCGCCCACUCGCCGAGAGAAGAAGAAGAAGAGUGGGAAAAAGCACAAGCGCGACAGGUGA